AUGCUGCCCACAUUCAACUUUGUCGGCGACUGGGUCGUUGUCGAAUUCCUAUCGUCGCUGAAGCGAGACUACAAGUUUGGCGAUGUCGUCGUUGCCGUUUCGCCGCUAGACCCUAAGCGAGCCGUGUGCAAGCGGAUCCUCGGCCUCCCCGGCGACAUUGUCUGUGUUGAUCCGACGCAUCCUUACCGCGAGUACAUCCAGGUCCCCCAGGGCCAUGUCUGGCUCCAGGGUGACAACUUUACCAACUCGACCGACUCGAGGUGCUACGGCCCAGUUCCGAUGGGGCUGCUCACCGGCAAAGUCCUUUGCAAGGUCUGGCCCAACUUUGAGUGGAUGCGCUGA